AGGUCAAGUUUUCCACUGCGGAAUGUACAUGAUGGAGUUUGUAUAUGCGGGACAUAUAUAGACUAUACAUGAUAUUUACCCCAUUUUCGUGUACAUUUCUGGGGUUUAGGGAUCUGCUACUGGCUUUAUUCUGUGCAGUGAACAUUCUGGAUAAUAGAGAUAGAAGAAAAAUACAAGUGUAACUCCUGCGAAACUAAAGAUACAGAAUGUGAAUGAGUUACUUCCCUUCGAUACAGCAAUACACUCUUUUGUGAUAAUAGAAUCAAAUUCUGUGAUAAUAGAUUUAUAAAUUUCUUUUUAUUGGUGCUAAACUCUUUAAUACAUGCUUAAGACUUUGUGUUUUAAUGAAUGGCAAUUCUGUUAAAGAGAGAAAAUAAAAGAAAGUUUUAAUACAUAAAAAAAGCAAAACAGAGUGCUUAAUUAGCACCUAGACCCUUACCUCAUAUUCUUGUUAAAAUUAUCUUUAAAAACUUAUAGCAAAUCUACAGAAAAUGCCUUACAAAUUGGAUGUUACUGUAAACUUUCCUGUGACAAAAUUUUUUAAGUUUGGACCGAGAAAUGCGGGCUGAUUUUCUUGGGUGAACAAACGUGAAAAGUAAUGGAAACAGCUACGUCACUGAAGGAGGAGACAGACCUAGCUACACAGCUGGCACUGGCUGGGGUCACCAGUCCUGUGUGGUCUCAGGGGGCUCCACUGUCGGCCCCACAGGCACACAUGUCAAUGGCCACUGUUUCAUCAGACCCCCAGCAGAUAAGUGUGGCUCCGCCCCCAGCACACGCCCACCCAUCAACAGCCAACCCAAAACCACCAGAUUCACUUUUUGAUAAAAAUCUUUUAGAAGCUGCUGCAUUCUUGGAUGGGAAGGCGAUGACGUUACCGGUGAAGCCUUCAGAGUCGACAUCGGCACCUGACAGCCAGAGUUCCAUCCCUUGGGCCAUACAACAGCAGCUGUUGCAGCAAUAUGGACAGUUCAUGUUAGAGAAAAUGUUAAACAAGCAAAAUGAAGCUGGUAACACGGCUACAGCGACUGUUACAACCGAUGGAGAAGAGUUACCGCAGAGUCUAGUGACGACGUCAACCAACAGCCAGUCGGCCACAACAAAAGCGGACGACCCAAACACGAUAGAAGCCCAGCGAGACGUCUAUCGUAGAAUGUUAAAUUAUUCCAUGAGCAGUACGCUCGCACAACAGUACUACCUGUCACAAUAUGGAUACAACUAUUUGCAAGAUCGGUCUAUGUUUUCAAAGGCAGAUGCAGCACCAGGGACGUCGACAACCACUACAGCGGUACCAAACCAAGCUUCCCUGGCGGAACAGAUAGGCUCCCAACUACCAAGUAUAGAUUCUGUGUUACUCAACCUCUCCACGAAAAAGACAAAUGGCAAACCAGCACCGUCGACAGUGAUGCAUGGAACACCGUCCCUUCAACCGUCAACCACUGCUAUACAACAAAAUGUGCAAGCCUACGGUUUACAGGCAUUAGCUAAUGCAGCUAUUGAAGCUGACCCGAAGGCUUUCUCCGAGGCUGACACAGACAGAAAAGACGGUCAGAAAUCGGAAUUAGAAGAUGUUACAGAUACCGAUAGUAGCAACAUGUCACCGUCCGAUAGCAGCACGAGCCAGAUAAUGUCCCCACCGAGAAAUACGUACAGCCAUUUAAUGGCAGAGAACCCACAUAUAAGUAUUCCAGCUGCACAUAGCCACCAGCAUCAAUACCCGUCUAUCUAUCAGAGUAAAUCUGCUAUGGGAACCUUACCCAGUAUUCAACACUUCUCCGCUAUGGGUAAAACAACAGCACAGAAAACACCAGAUCAGAAUUCUGGAGGCCUUCAGCUACCAGUAUCAAGUGGAAUCAAACCGUCUGACCUUGUUGCCGCGGCGAUGAAGUUAAAAGUGGAGCCGUCAGAGGAGAAGGAGAUAGCAGAUAGAACGAUACAGGAGCAGAUAGCGGCUCAUCAGCUAAAUGCUGUGCAACAACAGGUACAAGAUUUGACAGCGGGUGCUCUAGCUGCGGGGAAUAUAGAUGCUGCAGCGUUGUUAGCCAAACUGCAAGCCUCGAACCUCGAGUCGGAACUCCACAGGUUCUACGAUGCUGAAGCUCUACAGGCAUUACAGCAACAGGAACCGAUGGAACUUACUUCAGAUAUGUCACCCGGUAAAACUGGAUCUCGGCGGAAAAGUCGAGGCCGCCCCACCAGUAUCGAGAGUUUACGAGAUCCUCUGGCUAGACAGUCAUCAACUUCGAGUCUAGGUGCCAACACCAGUGUCAGCGGUGAUGGGGAGGAUCGUACCUACGACUGCGAAAUUUGUGGAAAACAGUUUAGUCAUAACGACAGGUUGCGGCGUCAUCGCAAAAUACACACAGCAGAAAAACCAUAUAAAUGUGACAUAUGCGGGAAAGGGUUCAAGGAGAAGUGUAACCUUAAACAUCACAGAUUUAUACAUACUGGUGAAAAACCUUACAAGUGUGAGACGUGUGGUAAAUCUUUCAACCAGAGAAGUAGUUUGAAAACACAUCAAAAAGUUCAUACUGGAGAGAAACCUUUCAGGUGUGAGCUGUGCGAGAAACCGUUUGCGCAGAAGUAUUUGCUGCGGCAGCAUAUGAAGAAACACAUUGAGCUAAAUAUAGCACCAACUCAACCGUGACUAGCUACGCCUCCAACCUUUCAAGAUCACCAGCCAUUGGAAAACUCGUUGGCCAAUCAAAAUUCUUGUAACACAUUUGAAAAUGAUUCUUUGAAAAUGUCUGAAAAUAAAAAAUCAUCACUCAAUUGGGAUACCAUUGAUAGUGUAGAAGAUAGUUCUCCCGGAAGUCUCUCAAAUCAACAAGGAUUAAUGGAAAAUGUACAGCUCUUUAACAAACUUUCUGAUAAUGCUAUUCAACAAAAUGGAAGCACUGAAAUCAAUAAAGUAAAUAAUUUGAAAACGCAUAACACCAGUGGUGUUGAACUAGAUGUGUUUAAGUCUGAUCAAAACUU